GGACCGCCGAGUUUUCGGAAUUUUGCAGCAUUCACGUCAUCGAAUGAAGGUUGCACGUCCAAUCCAAAUAUGUUGGAAACGCGUGGUUUUUGAAAGACUGAUCUAUGCAGCUGUCGGUGCGUUUCUCGCACUCGUGAUUGUGGAUGUGAACCGCGAAAAAGCGAAACCGGUUACUGAAGUCAUAGGGCCAGUCGCGACAGAGAAGAGGCCGAUCAGACUACUUUGCUGGAUAGCCACAAUGCCACCAAAUCACGAAAAGAAGGCAGUGCAUAUAAAAGCGACAUGGGCACCACGGUGUGAUCGGUAUAUGUUUAUGAGCAGCGUGAAUUCAACAGAUUUACCUUCCAUUGCUGCAGUGAACCAAGAGGGCCGUCAAUUUUUGUGGCAGAAAACCGCGUUUGCUCUGAACUACGUUUGGACGCACUUUGGUGAAGAUUUCGAUUUCUUCUACAAGGCUGAUGAUGACACGUACGCUCUGAUCGACAACAUGCGUUUGCUAUUGGCGGACCACGAUCCCAAUAUUCCUGUACUAAUAGGAAAAGUACACAAGUACGUCGUAAAACAAGGGUAUGCAGACGGAGGCGCUGGAUACGUCAUGUCACGAGCAGCUCUCCGACUCUUUGUUCAUGGAAUGAAAAAUACCAGUAUGUGUUAUGAUUCAAGACACAGCGAAUUUGAAGAUAUGAAAGUGGGUGCUUGUGCUGAAGCUCUUGGUAUACCAGCAAUUCAUUCCGUGGAUGAAAAGGGCUAUCUAAAAUUCUUCACAGUUUCUCCGUUUGGUUACCUACGAAGUCAAGGGAUUAAAGCUAGCCUGAGUUUUGUUAACCACAAGAAAGAUGCGCUGUGUUGCUCAGACAAACCGAUUUCCUUCCACUACAUCAAACCUGAAGAACUCUACUUUUUGGACUAUCUUUUAUACACCGUCCGGUCUCCCACAUAAUUUCAACGAAGAAAUCGACUCCUAGAAGUAGUUUUACACUGAGGUUGACAUGUUUUUGUCUUACUGUGCAAAUUGGGACCCUGAAUUUCCUAAAAGUCUCGGUUUUGAGUAAAUUCUCACUGACUCAUCCCCAUUGCGAUCGGUGAGAAACUCACACAACUAAUUGUGUGAUGGUGCUUUACUACUCAUCGGUUUUCGAUCGCUGCCCAAGCUUAUACGGCUAGAUAAUCAAAAUGCAUCGUUGCUUAACACGUAACCUCAUGCUCUUGGUGACAUGACAUUAACAUUUUACAUUCUCAUCUAUCUGUGCAGCGCUACAAACGGUCGUUUGUAGUAUGCUCCAUACAAACU